UCUCAGUCACCCCAGAACCCAUGGAACAAGCGUUGAAAACAACGUGAGACUGUACUCCAAUCUUUGCUUCUGCCGCCAGACUAGCCCGUCCCACACUCUCUGUGAUCAGCUAUCCACGCCACAAUACAAUUUCUAGAUUCUGUCGUAUAACGAGACCGAGAAGCUAUGACGGACACGCCAACGAUUACUCUGUACGUUCACUAUCGGGGCCCGAAAGCGUUAUGGAUGAAAGAGGAGAAACCCGCGGCUGCAUACCUCGACGCUUUCAUCAGCAACGACCUCCAGACACUCGGGUUGCCUCUCCCGCAGGAUUGCGUAUGUAAGGGACUGUCCGGGCUGGCGCUGUGCACAUGGAGGGAGCAAGGAAACUUGGACCUGGAGGCUCGCAUCUCAAUCGCUUACGAGAGGAUCGACGCCGAAGCCUUGCCCCAAUCUCACAUCUCUAUGAUUGGCUUGCGAAUGUGUGGUCAGUAUAAAUAUAAAUCUGCGCCGGGGAUCAAGGGUCCGACCAAGAAGGCCGCUAAAUAUGCUGCCCAACCUACUGGACCGAUGCAUGCGUCUCCGGGUGGGAAGGUCCCCAGUGCGCCGAAGUCUAUCACCUUUGCAAGAGCAGAGGCCUCGCCCCUGGCUCGUCCAAUGAAUGAUUAUGCGCACGUUUCUCGACAAAGAUAUCACGACAACGGAUGGAAGAACGACGACGCAUGGCAGAGGUCCAAACCCAUCGGCCAUUCCCUAUCUCACGAACACCGUCCACGGAUAACACACACGACAGAAGCCCUCAACCGUCCGCCCGCCUCACUGCACAAGAACUUGCUCCCCAUCGUCAAAAUGGAAGACACAAGCUCCGAAGCAGCCCUCCUCCGACCGUCUCUCCCUACGUACCCGCCCGCACCCGCACAAAGCACCCAGACCCGACCGCGAAGCCCCAGCCCCUCAAGCGCCUCGUCGGUUUCCCUCCCCUCGUUCCAGUCGACGCGGAGUGCCGCCUCCAGCGCGACCUCUGCACCACCCAAGGACACGGACAGCGUCAGCAGGCUCACGCGCGAAGUGUCGGAUGUCCGGCGGGAGCUCUCCGCGCUUGUUGCGCGGGAGGACGACCUCGUGCGACAACUCGAACGGCUGGGUGUACGACCUGCGCCUGAGCCCUCCGUGGUCCCUCGGAAUGCAGUCGCGGAUGUGCGCAAAGCGACGGAGGGCGAAAUCUCUAACCUCCGCGCCGAACUCAAAGCCGAGUCCGACGCCCGCGCCGCUGCGAAACACGCGCUGCAGCAGGAGCGUCAUCGGCGCGAGCGCUCAGAAAGCACUCUGGCGGACGUCCGCAGGGAGUGCAGCGCGCCGUUCGUCGUCCCCUCGCUCAUGGAUGCGUUCGUGCAGAUAUCGCACCUCACGGGAGAGAUAUUGGCUGCCGGAACGGAACGUCGGGGAGGGUCAUGAGGCGAUGCGUGGAUGCUCGGUCGCGAGAAGAGGUAUUUUAUUGUUUAUCUAUGCGUUCGUGCGUGCUUCGGCGGGACGCUGCCUGCUGUAGUGUAUGCCGCGCGUGUAUCGAAUACUCGUGCUUGGGCAAUGAAUACACAUUAUGGACAAGGCUAC